AUGAAAAAGAAAAAUAAACGAGAUCUAAUCAAGAAUUUGGAACGCGCAAAUGCCGGCUGUGAUGUUUCCAAGCAAAUCGACGCUUCAUACGAGUUAGCCGAAGCAUAUCGAAAAGACGAUGAUCUGGUGAACGCGAUUCAAUCAUUUGAGAACACUUUUCAUCUAGCCAAGCAAAAUCGAGACAAACAACAUUGGUCCCUGAGUGCUCGAGCUUUGGCUGAAAUUUACGCAAAUAGAAACGAUCUUCCUCAAGCCAGCCACUAUGCAGAGGUUUACAGAAGCGUAGCCGCCGAAUUCCGGUGGGCGUCCGAAAUUCAGCUGUCGUAUCACGUCACUGCAUAUGUCCAUCAAGUUGUCUGGUCUUUGAGCGGAAUCAAAAGUUUAUUGGAGAAGAGCUACGAAUGGGCACAGAAAAGUUAUAAAUAUCUUCUCGAGAACGGGAAAAUAAUUGAUGGAAAUAAGGAAGAUGUACUUCGAGCUGGUCCAACUAUUGUUCGUUUGUCAACAGUCUCUUUGUUGUUAGCUCAAAUUCUUUCAAAACUUGGAAAACAACAAAGUGCGGUUCAAUACGCCGAAAAGGCGUUGAAAGCUGCAAAGAAGUCGGGCGAUUCUAAUGUGAUCAUUUCUACUUUUCAAGCUUAUUACGACGAUUAUGCGACGGCCAAUAAACUAGAAAUCGCGAAAGAUAUGAUGAAUGAGGCGAACAAACUAAAAACAAAGAAGGAAAAGUGUAUUGCAUCGCUUUAUUUAUUAAAGGCCUACCUAUAUCAUUGUCAAGAGCUGCCUAAAGCCCGAGAAGAAUGCUAUGGGAUUGUUGCCCAUCAUUGGCAAGAACUUGACGAAGAUGAAAGAAAAACCGUGAGGCAAACCGCUGUGACACUCUGGCGACUUGUAAAAGCCGAAAAGGAGAUUUCGAAUUGGGAAAUCUUGUCAAGAUCGAGUGGAAACAAAUCCAUUUUAAAAACUCGUUACGAGAAGCUUGGCGACUUUGCGACCGAAUCUCGACUUUAUUCUUUAGCUCUGCGCUAUUACCGCAAAUUUGAAGCUUAUGCGGAGAUUUCUCAAGAUAAAGCCACUGCUCUCGAAGCUGUUGUCACAACUUUUUUGGAUUGCUUGAAAAAGUGCAAGCAUUUACCGCAGAAUCCCAGCGAGGGGCUUGCUUUCGUCGAGAAAUUGAUUUCUUUGCAAGAACGAUGUGGAAAAGAUACGGAUGCGUCAAGAGAGUUGCGCUUUGAGUUAUUACUAUUUACUGGAAUACAAAUUGAGAAAGCACGAGACGAGCUGAAAAAAUUAUCAGGAAUCUGCGAGAAAGAAUUAGAAAGCGCGCAAGCGGCAUUUUCUUGUUUUGCGAAUGGUAUAGACGAUGAAGAGGCUGACGAUGAAGAAUUGGAGAUCGAUCGUUGUGAUUGUAAGCGAUGCCCUCUCGAUUUUCCGAAUGACCAGAAAGUGUUCGCAUUAUUUCAAGAAGAAGCCAAGUUGUUCUUCAAAAGAAACCACAAAGAUAAGGAGGGUGAAACCGAAUUGCACAAGGCAGCCCGAGAUGGAGACGUGGACAAAGUGCGGUUAAUGGUCACUGAAUUGGGUUUCAACGUUAACGAGACAGAUAAUGGCUUUUGGACGCCUUUGCAUGAAGCGACAAAUGUGCCCAUAGCCGAAAUUCUGUUAGAUAACGGAGCGAAAGUUGACCCAAAGUCUAAAGUUUCACUUAUUUGCGAUGGAGAGAAUGAUUCUGGUGGUGGAUGCACUCCGUUGAUGAGCGCUUGCUAUUAUGCCAAUUUAGAUCUGGCCGAGUUGCUUUUAAGUCGUGGCGCCUCGGUAACAGCAAAAAACGACCGUGGAUAUACGGCGGUCGAUUUUCUCAAGCUUGCAAUUACAAAUGGAUCUGUCUCAGAUGAAUGCAUCGAGCCUGCUCGGAUUUUCGCCGAAAAGAUGGAAAAUCAACAAUUGAAGGCUGGAAUGGAGCCACGAAAAGAAGAAUUAAUACGUCUAGGAAAAGGGGUGCCAAGAAGAAAGCCACUUCAAAACUCGACCUUAUUCCAAACACAAUCCACUUUGGGGCCUUCGCAAAGUCAGUGUUUUGAAGAGGAAAUACCGAUUCGGGCUACUAAACGAUCAUCAGGAGGAAAUAUUUUUGUGAUACCGGAUGUUAUAUGCGAUGAUAACGAAGAACAAGAAAAUCGGUAUAGUAAACGGCCUUCAACGAGCAGUAGAAUGAAUGAUCUCUUGUAUAAUGAUGAAGAAAAUAGCAAUGAUGAAUUUAACAUUAAUACGAGGAAACGCCCAAAACGAUCGAAAACAUUUGAAAAAGACGACGAUCUGCCUUUCAUAGACGACAGUUUUCCCACCGACUCUCGGCUAUAUGAACCUCCUUCACAAGAUCCGUCGCAAGUUUUUGGCACACAAUUUGAUGCACCUUCAACUUCUCAUCCCAACUUUGGAUUCAAUGCAAGUGCUGAUGUACCAAUGGCUCGUACUAAAGAUUUGCCUCCACCAACACCGCCCGCAAAUUCGUCGCCCAAUUAUGCGUCGCAAACUGUGCCGGGACCAUCCAGGACGAGACAAAUUCGAAUAAAGAUCACCUAUCAAAAUGCCGAUGGUUCGCCGUUUCUAAACAAUGACGGUCAACCGCAAUCUAGUCAUUUAAUCAUGGUUAACAGAGCUGAUCGAUUUGCGACCUUAUCUUCACAUUCAAAAUGUCUUGAAGUUUUAUCGGGAAGGCCUCAUUUGUGGUUUUUUGACGGUUGUGAUGUCGACAAAGAAAUAACGAUUGGCGACUUGGCUCCAGAGGACGGUCUCUUUUCGAUUGUCUGUCAAAUUAGCCAAAUUUCCGUUGAUGGAGAAUAUCGGAGGAUAGCUGAAAUUUCGCUUAUCGAUGUUGCGCAGGCUCUCUCAACGCUUACAAUCACUUCCGAAUUGGAUGCUUCAGAAAUAAUAUUGAGGAAGAACACUUUGACGGAAAUGAAUGCAGCGCUGGGAACGAUUCGAGGCUCAACCCCAAAACUCAUUAAAAUGCGUUUCGCAGAACUUGGAAAGUUGUCACCAACAUCUUCAUGUUUUUCUUCAUGGGCCAAUCGUUUUACCAACACAACAGUUCUCUCCAUGACCGCUUGUGGAUUGACCAACGAACACGUGAAUGCGCUUACAAAAACGGAUGGCACUUUUUCAAUUCAAGAUCUUGACAUUUCUUACAAUAUAUUCUCUGAUGGACAGAUUUUGUCUUCAUUUCUGUCUCGUCUCGGCCAAUUAAAGGAAUUGGACUUGAGAGGCACUAAUAUUACUCGCUUUCUAGAGACACUUUCAAACACGUUAUCUAAUAUUCACACACUCGAAUGUCUGGAACUCUCGCAUAACGACUGGAUAACAACGGAAAUCUUUCAGCAAAUUUUUGAGGGUUGUUCAUCAUUGACUUCACUGCGCUGUGAAAAUGUUCCGAUCGAUGUGGUUUCACUAGAUGUUGCUUCCGGAACAAAUAUGCGAAGGUUAUCGCUUUCCUUUUGCCCGAUCACCAGCUCUGGUAUUAAUCAGCUGAUAGAAUGGAUCCAAUUCUCACAGGUAGAAGAAGUCGACUUGUCUGGUGUGACGUUAACUUUGGAGAAUUUCGCCGAACUCCUUCAAUCUCGACGUGGAAAAGCAUUUCCGCUCCGAGUGAUGUGUGAAAUCGACAACGCGUUGCCAGAAGCAGAGCAAAUCUACGAUCUGUUCUAUAUGAAAUAUCGAGAAAACGAUGACGUGCGCUUUCGAUUUAGUGAGAGCAUAAAUCGAAAAAUGCAGGAUUACGGAAGCUGCGCAGAAAGAUUUUUCUUC